CAAAGAGCCUUUUACCAGCAUAACUGCUAUUUCCUCUGUUCAAUACACUCUUCGUGUUUGUAAGAAAAUGCUUAAACUCAUGAUCAUUCCAUUCUUCAUCCUAUCCUGCUUUCAAUCCACUCAGGAGAGUCAAAAAUCCAAUGAGAAAGAUAGCGAGCAACUGUCUAACCCUGAGUUUGGAUCUCUCCAAAAGAGCUUGGAGGUACAAAUUGGCCAGAAUGUGACUCUGUCCUGUCAAUCCACCAAUGGCUCUCUUCCUAUCAACUAUACAUUUUUUAGAGGAAAUCAGAAUCUGUGGCCGAUUAUAACGAAGGAGGACAGGAACCCAGCUCUGUUUAACCUAACUGUCAGUUCUGCCAGCGACUUGGGGGAAUAUAAAUGCAAAGUUGUAAACGGAAUCUCCAACAGUUCAAAAUACAGCAAGAGUCUCAACUUUACGUUACUAGAUCCAGUGUCCAAACCAGUGCUGAGCACGACUACUUCCCAAGUGAGGAUAGGCCAGAAUGUGACACUGUCUUGUCACUCAGAAAACGGCUCUUCUCCCAUCAACUACAUAUUUUUUAAAGGACGGAAAACGAUGUCAUCCAGAAUAGCUAUGCAAGGGAAGGCAGCAGCUGUGUUAAAUGUAAUUAUCAAUUCUCCCAGUGACUUGGGCGACUAUAAAUGCAAAGCUGAAAAUAAUAUCCCCAAUACUACAAAAUAUAGCAACAGUCUCAACUUUACACUAGCAGAAGAGGAUGGCCCUUCCUAUCCCCUCCUCAUUGUUCUUGUGCUGCUGUUUCUGCUGGUGGUGAUAGCAACUGUCCUACUGGUUCUAUUUCUGAUCCUGCCUUGGUGUAAAGCAAGAAAACUGAAGUCAGCUGGUUCCUCAACUAGUUUUGUUUCAACAGCCAAGGCAACAGGGCCUGAAAAUUAUGUGACAUACACUGAGAUAGAGUAUGCUAAAUCUGAAGAAGUGGAGUACGCCAACAUACAGAUUAGAAAAGAGGAGAAAGACAGGAAAGUGAACAUGAAGGCAGAUACUACAGUUUUCUACUCUGAAGUCAUCAUAAGAGAUGGAACACAACAAGGUAAGUUUCCUCUCUGAUGAGUUACAUGAGAGAGAAUUAUAUAAAAUAUUUUUAAAGAGAACCUCUACCCCAGUAAAUGUUGCUAGCACCACCGUGCCUGUAUAGGAAACACACAAACAAACAUUUAGAUGCUAGUUUCCCUGCCCUAAUUAUUUUGUAGUCAGAAGGUGAUGUUAAUCUCCUCCCCUGCUAAUAUUAAAGACUGGGUCCCUCUCCCUGACUUUGAGAGACUCCAGUUUGAUCAAGACAGGGAAAAAAAAACGUGUUAGAAAAAGUUCAUUGAUGUCCAGAUUUCUGAUUCCUUUACUCAUGCACAGUACCUAACUCCACAGGUAAUGCCACUGUAACUAAUGGGACUAGUUCUUAAAAAAAAAAAGACUAUCAACAUGGUGGUGCAACUUGACUCUCCACUGGCAUUACUCUUUUGAUGUAUCAGCGGGAAGGAGUAAGCCAACAGUUAGCUAACAUGGUCCAGCUAUCAGGCUCUCACACAGAGAGCUUUGCUCCUGUGCUUGUCAGGAAUUUCAGGAAAUAAAACAGGAUUUUAAAUAAGCAGAGAAUAAAAAGGCCGUGUUUAGCCAUGGUUACCUUAAAAAUCUGUCUGAGUAGCUGCCUGCUUGGCAGGCUGUCUCCCUAAAGGAUCCAUCGUUUGCCUUGCUAAACUACUACUAGCUGCCAGGGAGCAGCUUCCCAGGACUCCGGGGUACAAGUUUUUUACUUGAGCUGGACUCUUGCCUGGCACUGCCCCAGUCUUUUCCAUUUUUGGGAGUGGGACUUGACAUGACCCUCAGACACUGGAAGAGUUGACUAUUUCCCUGCCACAGUCAUUUUAACUCAGACCUAUACACCUGAGUACCAGCUACAAUAGUUAGGGGUAUAAGACCAGUACAUUACCCACUCCAUAUUGCUUCCUCACUCACCCUGUAGCAAACAAUUUUUUCCUAUCUACAUUAAUAGAUUACUUGAAAUAAAAUGUUUACAGCUUAGUUCUUUAAAUUGUUCUGGUAUCCUUGAAAGGCAGAACAACUAAUAAUAUGUUAUAUUCAAGCCAGAAACGACUGCAGUCUAAAGACUGAACUGGAAAACAGAGGCCAUGUAGAGAAACAUACUCACAAACUACUAACAAACACUGCCAUUCUCUAAAAACAAUGCAUCCAAUGGCUUUGCUUUUCAAUUGGCCUUUUCCACAUUUAAGCUUUUGAAACACUCAACUCCCAUUUAUCUUCCCAUUGCAGCAGAGACCUGCAUUUGUCACCACAUAUCAGCAACAUGUGUAUUAUCUGGACUCUCAAUCAAGGAAAACUUAAUUCAACUUACUGAAAAUAUCCUUUCUUCCAAGAGACCAAAUCCUCUAGGACAUGUCUUUGAGCCUGCGCUGCAGAAAGAGGCAAACCCAGCUUUGUCCAUCAAGGGUAGAGCAGGGCUAAUAAUACACAUCUGCAGAGAGUUUACCCAUUAGAGAACUUCUACAGCCAGGAAAACUUUAUCAAACUGGCAGACUCUGCAGCUAAGCAUGAUUAGCCCUGGCCUAACUGUGGUGGACAGAUCUGUUUUUGCCUCUUUCUGCAGUGCAGGCUGGAAGAGGUGUCCUGAGCCUGUCAGUUUGAGAUAAGGGUAAGUUUUCCUGGCUGUGAAAGUUCUCCAAUUGGUAAGCUCUCCAGGUGAGCAUUAUUAGCCCUGCUCUACCCAUGAUGGACAGAGCUGGAAGUGCAGGCUGGAAGAUCUUCAUAGAGGAUUUGGAUUUGAUAGAGAAUGAGUGCAUCAGAAAGCUUUAUCAACAUCAGUUUUGGAGGAUGUCAUGGGUACUUCCCCACUCAUAUAAAUAAGAAUGAAUGGUAUCUAGCAAACACAGUAGGGUAUUGUGACUCAGAAUUCCUGGCUUCUACUUCAUCUGUGCCACUGAUUCAGUAUGACACUCUGGAAAUCAAUUUAAACACAGAUACAAAAUUCUUUUUAUUAGAGAAGUUCUAAUUUAUACAUUUUUAGCUGCUGUAAUGUACUUAGUUAAAAAGUCCUUCAAUCGAGAGAUGUGCAUCAUUUCUUUCAUGGUGGUAUCUCUGCUUCUCAGCUGAACCACUCCAUUCUCCAGAGUAGCAUCACUGAUCAAGAUUGUGAAGAGGACACUCAUCUCAUCAUACCUGCCAAAGAACAAGCACUCAUUACUGCUGUUACAGUAUUGUUGCCUUGGUGUGUGGCAGACUUAGAUUGGGGUUAUAUCCCAGAGCAAUAUGUAUAUGUUCAAGUUUUCUGUGUAGUUCUGUGUCCAAUAUGAAGAUGCUUAUUUUCUUACUUUCAGCUCCUUGAUCUUCUCUAGUUAACUGCAGUAAGUUAUUAGAUUCUUUUGCAACAAAAGGGGAGUUUUAUUUAGUAACCUAAAAUGGGGACAUUUUUCACAGGAGAAAAACGUUACCAUUUCUCCACUAUUUACUAGCUGACCAGCCAUACUUUGAAGAGUAUUGUACAUGAACAUGACUUCUUAACUUUGCUAUGUUAAAACGGUAUGUGUUUGUUUCUUGCUGAAAACCUCUAUUAAUGUUAAGAGAAAAGCACAA